UUCCCCUGAUUGAACCAGAUGCCGUUGGCGACGCUCACAUGGCUGGGUCCCGUACGAGUCCGGUGUUGAGAGACCAGUGGAGUGCUGACCCAGACCGUGAUCCCCGUGACAGGGAGAGACGGAGAGGUCGAGGGUCAGGCCGCGAUCGAGGGAGAAACAGAGGCCGUGACCGAGGCCGUCCAUAUCGGCCCAAUAACCGCAAUUUCGAUCGCCCCGGGCGGUCGCCACCACGCGCGUCCCGCUUUGGCCCUGACUCUUCUCACGACCUAGGUGAUUUCGCUCCGGAUCGAUCUCCUCGUCGAGGUUCUCCUCCACCUCCAAAAUUUCACAACAGCCGUCGACUAGAUUCAACCCAACCUGUGUCAUCAGCCGGUGACUGGACCGCCCACACUUCCGGACCUUUCGACAGAGAAGCCGCCCCCGGUCUUCGAAGAGACGAGUCAUCAACCGGACCUCCUCAGAAACGGCAAAGGACUCGAAGCCCCUCACCGCGUGGCGGCCGUGGCCCUCUCCCCCCACAGCGCCCAAAUUACUCCGAUAACUGGGAUAUCCGGGAUCGAAGUCCUUCAUUUAAGAAACGAGGUGGCCGCAACCAAGGCCGUGGUGCUCCGAGAAGAAGAUCACCACGUCGGGGCCGGGACCGUCGUGGAAAAGACCGUCGUCGUCCAGAAAUCCCACGUCCAGGAAGGUCUAGAUCACCAGUUCAUGAACGAGGGUUUCAUCAUUCGCCCGAUCGACGGUCUCGUACCCCCGGUGGUGACAAUUACAGCGACCACGGAUCUCACUAUCGGUCGAACUCACGGCACUCCGUACGGUCUGCAACCUCGAGAUAUUCUGAAUCUUCUCGUAGGUCAAGGCGUGAUUCGGCGAUGAACACAAACCGACCAAUCCAGUCUGUUGUGGACGAUACUGCUCAGUCUCCAUCUCCACCGCGCCCGAUUCCGAGUUUUAACUCCGAUAACUUCGGUCUUCCCGGAGAACAAACUACUAAGCCCCGAGAUGAGUUGCCAAUGCAUGCGAUGCGCUCUGAUGUGAAUAACCAGCCUCGCCGUCGGCCGUCUCGACCACAUCUUGAUACCCGGCCCCAUGGAAACCAUCAAAACGCAACAUCCACAGGCUCAUACCACGGUUCGCCGCAACCGCCUUCACCUUACUCCGCAGGACGAGGAGGAUGGUCUGGCCCGCCUCCGUAUUCUGGAACUGGCCAUGCCUCUCCUUACCGACAUGAUGACUAUUCAUCGCAAAAUGGAAACUAUUAUCAGAAUGAAGGUCAAUUUGACGGCCCUGGCAAUCAUCACCCUCAAUCUCCGUAUGGCGGACCUCCUCACCGAGGUGGCCACUCCGGUGGCGGCCAUCGAGGAAACUUUUCAAACCAGGGCCCCGAUCGGCGAUUUUCUGGCUCUGGUCCUCAUCCAUAUCACAAUGGACCCUCACAACGCGGCGCGAGGGGGCAUUUCAACAACUUGCAAUGGACUGCAUCGGGAUCACGAGCCCGUGGGGGACAACAUAGCCCUCACCCGGCACACAGUCAUGGGUCACAAACUCCCAACCGACCACAGUUUCACAAUGACCCGCAAUCUCCCCAACCUGGCGAAAGUGAUAAUCGUUCCCGGCCCUUCAAUAGGGAUGAAGAGGAGAACCAGACACAACCCCAAUCCGCUGGCGGAAUUCCUCCGUCCAUGCCACCCCCGACCCACGAAUCCACUGAAACGACGCCGGCAAACAAGGGCGGAAAAUUUAGCUUUGCUUUCAAGUCAAAGGCUGCACCUUCUCCCGCCCCAAAGCCAGUACCUGACCUGGCCCAGAGGAUGCAGGUCCGCGAGCCGGUUCCCCGUGCACCCGAGCCACCCCAACAACCUCGCAAUCGGUUUACCAAUGGGCCAUUGCCCAAAUUCAAACCAGAUCCAAGGGCUGAUCGCCGUGACCGGGACCGUGGACGAAAUCGGGAUCGAGACCGCAGAGAUUUCCGGGAGCCACGAGAAUUCCGUGAUCCACGGGAUCGCAGAGAUGAUCGCCGGUUCGAUCAACGUCGUGAUCGAAGACAAGGAGAACGGCCCCCAGACAGACCCUCGGACUGGCAAGAUCGCCGCCGUGACCCUUCUCCAGAGCCGCCGAGAGAGGCACCACCACCCAAGCAGAAGCGGAUUCUUACUCGCCCGAAACCACGCCCCACGCUUCCUGAGGAGUUCGCUAAUGCCGAAUCUGUGUACUACCGAAAGCCUGGCAAUGAGUCUGUGAUCGGCGCUGGAACAUAUGGAAAAGUGUUCAAAGGAAUCCACGUCUAUACCCAGCGUAAAGUUGCACUCAAGAAGAUCCGAAUGGAGGGCGAGAAGGAUGGGUUCCCUGUCACGGCUGUUCGAGAGAUCAAGCUGCUUCAGCAUCUCCGAAACCAUAAUGUCGUCAGCCUCUUGGAGGUCAUGGUUGAAAAGAACGAAUGUUUCAUGGUUUUUGAAUACCUCUCUCACGAUCUGACCGGUCUGAUCAAUCACCCCACUUUCUCUCUCACUCUCUCUCACAAGAAGGAUCUGGCGAAGCAAAUGUUCGAAGGUCUUAAUUACCUUCACCAUCGAGGGGUUCUACAUCGUGACAUCAAAGCAGCCAACAUAUUGAUCAGCAAUCGUGGAUUGUUAAAGUUUGCCGACUUUGGCCUGGCCCGAUUCUUCUCCAAAAGUCGUCAACUUGACUACACUAACCGAGUCAUCACCAUCUGGUACCGACCCCCGGAACUCCUCUUGGGUGAAACCCGAUAUGGCCCUGCUGUCGACGUGUGGAGCGCUGCGUGCGUCUGCAUGGAGAUGUUCACUAAAAAGGCUGUUUUCCCCGGUGAAGGUGGUGAAUUGAGUCAGAUGGACAAGAUAUACAAUGCUUUGGGUACUCCUACCAAGACUGAGUGGCCGGACCUUGUGGAGAUGCCCUGGUUCCACCUGAUGCGGCCAACUGAACGAAGGAAGCGUGUUUUCGAGGAUGUGUACCGUGAUGUGCUGACAAGCGGUGCGAUGGAUCUUAUCUCCUCGAUCUUCCGCUACGAUCCUUCACAGCGGCCGAGUGCCGAGGAUGUUCUUAAACAUCCAUACUUCGUAUCGGAGCAACCAACUCCUCACCCCCCGAUCGAAUUGGAACACGUUGAAGGUGAUUGGCACGAGUUUGAAUCCAAGGCGCUCCGUAAGGAAGCUCGGCGCGUCGAGUACCAGAACCAAAAGGACCGCGACAAGCGCAAGGCCGAUGCAUCGGUGCCCAGCAGCGAUCGGGAUUCCAAGCGAACCAAGCAAGAUUCAAGUGAUCGUGUCUCUGCUCAGUGA